AUGGCAAGUGGGAGCCAGUACUGUACCAGAGAUGUGCUGCCAUUGACAGCCAUGGUGACCAUGGAGUGCACAAAUGUAGGCCUAAACACAUUAUACAAAGCAGCCACUCUCAUAGGGAUGAGCCCUCAUGUCUUUGUGGUUUACUCUUACGGUGUUGCUGCUCUUGUUCUCCUUCCUUCACCGUUCUUCUCUCACAGAUCAGGAGUGCUUCCUCCACUUAAUUUCUCCAUCCUAUGCAAAAUUGGUCUCCUUGGGCUGAUUGGGUGUACAUCUCAGAUCAUGGGAUUUACAGGCAUCAAUUAUGGUUCUCCAACUCUUGCUUCCGCCAUCAGCAACCUCGUUCCAGCUUUCACUUUCAUAUUUGCCCUCAUUUUCAGGAUGGAAAAGGUUGCAUUGAGAAGCUCAAGCAGUCGGGCAAAAGUGCUGGGCACAGUAAUAUCAAUCUCAGGUGCAUUUGUGGUGACUUUUUAUAAAGGACCAACACUCAUAUCAACUCCUUCACCUUCCAUAUCCCUUCAUAAUCGUCUAAGCUCAUCACAAUCUGGCUGGGUCUUAGGCAGUUUUUUUCUUACAACUGAGUAUAUUUUGGUUCCACUGUGGUACAUCGUUCAGGCGCAAAUCAUGAAAGAAUACCCGGCAGAAUUCACCGUGGUCUUCUUCUACAACUUAUGUGUGAGCAUCCUAGCAGCAAUUGUGGGUUUAAUUUCAGAACCCGACUCGAGUGCAUGGAAAAUCCGACUUGAUUUGGCAUUGGUCUCCAUUUUAUGCUCGGGUAUCUUUGGAUCGGGUCUGAACAAUACUGUCCAUACAUGGGCCAUUCGCUUGAAGGGACCUUUAUAUGUUUCAAUGUUCAAGCCAUUGUCAAUUGCCAUAGCAGUUGCCACGGGAGUCAUGUUCCUUGGUGAUACUCUCUAUCUUGGAAGUGUUAUAGGAGCAACAAUAAUCUCAGUUGGGUUUUAUACUGUUAUGUGGGGGAAAGCAAAAGAGGAAUUAGUGGAGGACAAUGAAACAAGUACUUUGGAGGAGUCAACCCAGAAAUAUCCCUUGUUGCAAAGCUAUAAAAAUGAAGAUAUGGAGUCCAGAUGAAUGGAAGCAAAGUCCUAUUUGAGUAUUUGUUUCCUUGCCACUUGCACUCCGAAACAUCAACGGCUUUGUUCCUUGCCAGAACACAGCACUCUUCACAGUAAUGGCCUAAAAGGGAACAAUCACCAAAGGAAAGAUUCGUCGACAAUCAAAUUAUCAGAAAAUGUAUAGUAGGUAUAUGAGAAUGAACACACAAAAACAAUUGUACAUGAAUCGUAAGGCGGUGAACUUUGCAAUCUAAGGAAUUAAUGAAAUCCCCCAUUCCUUCCAAGUAGUACUCGCUUGAAAGGAUAUGCUUUACUAUCUAAUUCUCC